AUGGCCUCAUCCAAAGCAACAAGCGCCGCGCGCUCCGGCCCUUCAGGCCUAACAAGAGUCUACCUCUGGGCCUACAACACCCUCAACUUCCUCGCCUGGGGUAGCUGUCUCGCGUACACAGCCUCCCUGCUCCCGCCUCAUGUAUUGACCAACACCCUGCCCAAGGUCUUCCACUUGACCUUCAACCCGCUGCUCCUGGCCACGCAGUCUCUCGCCCUUUUGGAGGUCGUGCACAGCGUGGUGGGCAUCGUGCGCGCGCCAUUCAUGACGACUGCCAUGCAAGUUGCUAGUCGAAUUCUGCUUGUUUGGGGUAUUAUGGCGCCGUUUGGUGGGGAGAUUAUUGGCGGGCGCAACACCCAGUUGGGUGAUUAUGCUUAUCUGGGAUGCGUGACUGCGUGGGGUAUCACUGAGGUUAUCCGUUAUGGAUUCUUUUCCAUUACCCUGUCUGGAAAUUCGGUGCCGAGCUGGUGGACUUGGUUGCGAUACAAUACUUUCUACAUUCUCUACCCUAUCGGUAUCUCCAGCGAGUGCAUGCUUAUUUACCAGGCUCUUGGACCUGCUGGUGAAAUUAACCCGCUGUUCCGUUACGCCCUCAUCGCUAUUCUCGCUAUCUAUGUGCCUGGCUCUUACAUCCUGUAUACUCACAUGAUUGCGCAGCGACGCAAGGUUCUGCGCGGCAAGAAGAGAGCCGAUUAG